UAUAUUUUUACUUUCCUUCCUUCGUCUUCGUCUCCCUUCUUCAAUUCAAUCUUUCUCCAUCAUUCAGAUUUCGAGGAGACAAAGGGAUUCGUGUUAACUUCUCUCUCUAUAUAUCCUCCUUUCUUCUAUCUCUCUCAGCUCUCUCUCUCUCGGUCGGUGCAGGAUAGAGCAGAGAUGGAGAGAGAAGAAGGAGAAACAACAUCAACCAUCGGCGUUGCUCCGGCGGCGAAAUCAGCGUCUCCGACAUAUCUUCUGAGCUUUUGGGAGGUCACGGCAGCUUCCGGCGUCGUUUUAGGGUUUCUGAUGGGCCUUGUUUGUGUUUAUCUUACAAUGCCUCAAUCUGAUUACAGUUUCCUCAAGCUUCCUCGUAAUCUUGAAGAGCUUCAGAUUCUUAGAGAUAAUUUGGAGAUUUACACAAGUGAUUACACAGUUCAAGUUCUUGUUGGAUAUUGUCUGGUCUACGUUUUUAUGCAGACGUUCAUGAUUCCUGGAACUGUGUUCAUGUCUUUGCUUGCUGGUGCUCUCUUUGGAGUUGCCAAAGGAAUGGCUCUUGUGGUCUCUACUGCAACAGCUGGUGCUUCCUCUUGCUAUUUCCUCUCUAAGCUCAUCGGUAGACCUUUACUCUUCUCCCUUUGGCCUGACAAGCUUGUAUUCUUCCAAGAUCAGGUUGCGAGAAGAAAAGAUCGGUUGCUGAAUUACAUGUUGUUCUUAAGACUAACACCAACAUUGCCUAACACUUUCAUUAAUGUUGCUUCUCCCAUUGUUGAUGUUCCUUACCAUAUCUUCUUCCUUGCUACAUUCAUCGGUCUGAUUCCUGCUGCAUAUGUCACUGUCCGGGCCGGGCUUGCUCUUGGAGAGCUAAAAUCAUUAGGAGAUCUCUAUGACUUCAGCUCCAUGGCGACUCUGUGUCUCAUCGGUGUACUCUCUGUGACUCCUACCUUAAUUAGCAAGAAAAAAGCGUAAAAGAAGAUCACUGGAGACAUAAGACAACGCCUUCUCACUUUCUCAUGCUUACGAUGAUGAUGAAAAUGAGAGCAUUCAUAAGCCUCUCUCUCUGUAUAUAUGUUACUUUGUUAGGAUCAAUUUCAAAACCCACCUGUUCUCUUCAUGUUUUAACUCAAAUCUUAAACGGGUUUCAUGGGCCUUGGUAUUAGUUUAUGGGCCUAGUUAUAUCAAAAUUGAUCCGUAAUAGAUUUCCGAA